AUCCUCGUCAAACUUCUCACAUCCCAACCUCACCUACUCAUUUCUCUUUUCUUGAUACCCGUCUGGCUCAAGUAUAAACUUCAGAGUGCCAAUUUCUCUUCUUUGUGAUCUUUUUCUCUCGCAGUCGAUACAGCCUGUUGAUUUUCCUAUCGCCUCCCUUCUGUUGCCUCUGCCCACAAGACACCUUGGAAGCAGUUAUCGAACAACACAUAUACAAUCAUUUAUCGCGAAGACAUCUAUAUCCAUCUCGAUCGUCAAAGAGUGGUCGAGUUUAUCAGGCAGCCACCUACUUCGCAUCAUCAUGAACAGUUUGGUGGCUACGCCUCCUGUUCCUCCACACUUUUACGAACAUUCUCGCUUCUCUCCUUCACGUUCCAUGUCUACACCAGCACAGCAGAGUAGCAACCGAAAACGCAAGGCCGAAGACGAUGGCAACGAUGUCGAUAUCCGCAUGUCCGCUUCUCCUACCAACUCUCCAGCUUUUACUCCACGUCCUUUGCCGAAUCGCCAGAUGAAACGUUCCCGUCCAAAUGUAUCCGGUCGGCCUUUAUCAUUACCCAGACUUCUCGAGACGUUAGAUACGGAUGCUUUACGGUCGGUGCUACAGGCAGUCUGCCAGCGUCACCCAGAGCUAGGUGACGAGGUCGUUCACACUGCUCCACGCCCGAGCGUGUCGUCAACGCUGCAAGUACUUCGAAAUUAUCAGUCGACUUUACAAACAUCGAUUCCCUUGGGAAGCGGCGAGUACCUUUCCGACUAUGCAUAUAACCGAGUGAAGCAACACCUUUUCAACUUACUCGAUGCUCUCAGCGAUUUCACACCACAUUUCCUGCCUCCCAACGAAUCACAGACAUCGGUUUCCCUUACUUAUCUUGACGGGGCAACGGAUAUUAUACAUAGUUUGCCGAAAUGGCAGACACCACGACAUAACAUCGGCCGUGACUCAGCCUACGAGGAAAUUUGCAAGGCUUGGGUACUGGUUAUUCGUGAAGCCGCCAAACGUGGCGGAGGUAUACAACUACAAUACGGAGGCUGGGAUCAGAAACUAGCGAAACACAACGAGACUUCCGGUGGCAAAUUGCAAGACGCAAUCAAUGAGCUACAGAACAGCCUGGGUUGGAUGGGUUCAUCUGCGUUGCCGGGUGUUGGUGCAGCCGGUACACAAGGAGGUGAUCAAACCUCCAUCCGCGAACAGCUCCUAUCUGGAACAUAUGGUAUGGGCAUGCCUCUGAAAGUUGGACCCUGGUAGACAACAGAACAUAGUUCAUCAUGAUCUGGAUCUUUUCUUUCUUUCUUUGCUGUCGAUACGCUUUCGAUAUUACGGCCUACAAACUUUUAUUACGACACGACACAUAAUGAUACCUGCAUCAGUCCUAGAGAGUUCGUGAAACCCACCGGCGUUACCAGUUUUAAAGCUCUUCUUGAUAUUUGAUUCCGGAGUUGAAGUGAGAUGGAUUUGGAUAGGGUUGAUAAAGCUAUAAAGCGGAGGCAAACUUAACAAGGUUUGCUAUCAUUUGUCUUAUCAACAGAUACUUCUUCAUAUUUCUUAUAUUUGCUCCAAAAGACAUACUACAUUCCUGUCCCUUUUCUUUUUUCCCCUCGACAUUCUCAUUCUUUCACUUGCUUGAUUCCUUUGCUUUUUACUUCCUACCUAACAGUUAAGGAGUUAUUGGCUACGAGUGUCUUUUUCUUUUUCUUUGUUUACAAAUCGAUUCAUCAUGCACAUCAUCCAUAUAUCACUACAUGUCAUUCAUUGUCGGCAUUUCUGCCAGUAUUAUAAGCGGGCAUUUUAUUCGUCUCGCUGUUAUCGACUAGGAAGAAUAUAUUAUAAAUAGGUCC